AUGUACGACGACUCGGGCUCCUCCGUCGACGCCGAAGAAGGUGGGUUUCCCAACCCCAGCGAUACGAGGAAGACCUUGACGCGUAAAAGCAUGAGGUCCCUCUUUGCACAGGAUGCGCUGCAGUCAAAACAGGGUGUCACCUCCCUGCGUUACGAGGAUCAAGGUAGGAGAAACAAGGCCGUGCCGCUCUCUGUCAUGGGGGGAAAUAGCGCACCCGGUUACCCGCCCAAUGCCCCAUCACCCCUGCGGACCGCUGUGCAGGCGGUGGCACUUGCAUAUAGCGGUGAAACCUCGAUGGGAGCAUGUGUGGUCGCCGUAUGUGUGCCGCACGCAAAUGCCCCGAUUGUCACCCCACUUAUUGCGAUUGUGGAUCGCGAAAAGCGUCCACGGUGUCGUGUCACCGUAGAUAGAAACCUGCAAUUUGUCCAGAACAGAUCUUCACCGCAGUAUGCCUCUUUGUAUGACCCCAGUUUAGGCUCUCACUGGACGUUGAUGUUCAAGGGACGCCGCGAAUGCACAGAGUUUUCCUCCGCCGUCCACACAACUCUCCACUAUAUGGAGGUGGAGAUGGGUACUGCGCCGCCCUUCGUCGAGUGGGGCAAUGAGGCGAAGGCCGAAGCAGAAGCACCUCAAUUGGAAGUUUCCCGUGGUGAUGUCGCCUCAAUCUCCUAUAUGGCAUGGCUGCUUCGUCGGGUGUCUGGCACGAAUUUUUUUUCACUUGGCAAAAUGGUUGAGGAAGUCCCUCCAUUGGCCCCUUGUGAGGUGGUGGUUGGUGAUGGUAAUCUGAUGGCAGGAACUGAGGAAGCCCUUAUCGGCAUGCAGAAGGGCACCUCACGAUUGGUGUUUGUGCCCCCGAAGAAGACGGUUGUUGGGAUGGGCAUGGGCAAUCCAGAGGUAUCUUCCUCUGACACUGUCGUGGUCCACCUCACCUGCCAUGAUGUCAUGGCGCGUUGUAGCAUGAGCCGUGGCGACAAACCGACGCCGGUUACCCCCUUAGAAACUAUUCCCUUUAACAAUGACAUUCGGGCGGCUGCAACAAACCCAGUUACACAAGCGGAGACCUCAUCGACGCGGGUGGCGGAUGCUCCCGCGGCUGUAGGUGGAGAUAUCAGCACUGUUUUGCAGGCCAUUCUUCUACAGACGCUGCAACAACAACAACAACAACAACAAAACAAAACAAGUAAUACCAACAACAAUACGGUUUGUGGCUCUUGGAACGACGUCAGUGGGCCAUGGAGUUCUGUGGAGCGCGGCAUCGAUCGCAUUCAUAUUCAGCUAUCCUCGCUUUACGAAAAGAUUGACCGUUUGGCUAUCGCCGAAAUCGUUGAUAAGAAUAACGCCGUGGUUGAACGAAUCAUGAGGAGGGUGGUGGGAAAGGCCCCCACGGAUGAUGUGGACGUCGAGGACAUGACGAAGGACCGGGAUGGGCUAUUGGCCACUAUUGAACGCCUUAAGAAACGCCUUGAAGAGGAAACAAACAAUUACCACCGGGCCCUUGAAGUGAUGGGAAGUCACAAGGACGAACUACAUUCUUUGCAGAAUGAUCUGCGUAUUGAGCAAGAAGCACAUGCAUCGCGCGUGCGGCAGCUAGAGGAGCAUCAUCGCUUGAAUUUAGUGGAAGUGGAGGUCCGUCACCGGAAGGCCCUUGAGCGAGUUGCCGAAGAGAAGCUACUUGAAGGUCGCGAAAUGGGUUUUAGGGAGGGCGCGCGAUUGGGCAAACAAGAGGCCCUUGAAGCAGCUGGGGGGCACGGUAACUGCGAGUGGAGGGAACGCCUCUUUGCCAGCGAGCAACGCGUUGUGCAGCUGGAGACUGAGAUGCAGGAACAAGCGUCACAUCACAUCUCUGAGCGACGCCGGCUACUGGACCAGAUUGAUGCCCUGCAGGAAGUGACAGAGAAGUUGGAUAGGCGCGCGCAGCAGAGUAGACUGGCCUCUCAACAUGGAGCGGACGACACUUCUCGUCAAUGCAAACUCCUGCGCCGUGCUAUGAAUGCGGCGUACACUAACAUCGAGAUGCAGCUCUGUGGACUCGAUCAGGAGAAGGUGGAGGUGAAGGAUGCACUUCAGAUGGUGAUGUUUGCGCUGAGAACUGAAACUGACGCGUUUAUCGACGAAAUAAAGAAAGAGGCCGCACUGUUGUCUGGGGUGGAUUCCCACGGUGGAACCCCCAUAGAAGUAACGAAGUCUGCAGUGAAGGCUGAGGAAACCGUCUUAGGUGAGGUGGCUGUGGGCGAAGCAGAACCCGUGGAGAAGGAGGAAGAAAACAGUGUCGCUUUUCUUGAACACGAACAACGCCUGCCUAUGAAUACAGGGCCGACUGAGGAUGAAUCCGUGCAACUGGACGGGUUGCCACCUGCGCCGCUGCCUCUACCGAUGCUAGGUACGACACCGGUGAUGUGUCACGACCCUCCUAAUGUCUUUUCAGAGUACGUGGAGCCGGCUGUUAGGAGCGAUGACCCUGUCCCCUGCGUUGUCGGGGAGGACGAGGAGGAUAACACGGGCGUAUGCAAAGAAGAUGUGGUCGCUGGCCGACUGACAGAGCCCGCAUCCAAUGCUGCCGACAGCGCCUGGAAAUGA